AUGGGCAAUCCACCCACAUUCUCUGCGGAUCCGGGCAUUUCCUUGAGGCGUCCGGCUGCGGUGCCAUUGCCCGCGGAUCGCAAGGCGGCCUUUGAUCGCAUCCUCCGCGAGGAGGAGUUCCAGCACAAGCUCCAGAUCCAGCAGCAGCAGCUCAAGCGACCGAUCCACAGGCACCAGCAGCAGCAGCGCAAGAGCCAGGAGAUUCGUGGGGAUCGACCCAAUCGAAAGCCCAAGAAGAAGAAAUCAAUCAACAAAGAAGAGGUUUCAUCGAGGCAAGAUCGCCAAGAACGAGAGCUAAACGAUGAAGAAGAAAGAGAAGGUGAUCUUGCGAGAGAUUUGGAGGGGAAGCUGGAUGGGCUGGUGUGCGGGGACAUCAAGAAGGACUCGGCGAUCUACGCGCCAAUUCUCCGGUCGUGCGGGAAAGAUCUCCGCCUGGGCACUUGCGUCCACGAUCACAUCCGCCGGAGCGGCCAUGGUAGCGACAGUUUCUUGGGAAAUCUUCUUGUCCAGAUGUAUGGAAACAUCGGCCGCGUGGAUCUUGCGCGCUCCUGCUUCGAUCAGAUCCCAUUCAAGAACGUUUUCUCGUGGAACAUGAUGAUCGCGGCAUUUUCCCGCAAUGGGCAUCCCCGCGAGGCAAUCGCCUUGUUUCGGGAGAUGAUCCAGGGCGGCGCCAGGGCGGACAAGAUCACGUUUCUGGCGGCGCUGGAUUCCUGCGCCGCGAUGGCCGCUCUGGAUCGCGCCCACGAGAUCCACGCCCUGAUCGCGGAGCUGGGGCUCGAUCGCGACCUUGCCAUCGCGAAUUCUCUCGUGAACGCCUAUGGCAAAUGCGGGAGCGCGCGCGAUGCCAGAGCCGUUUUCGAUCGAAUCGCCGGCGAGGGCGACAUCGUGUCGUGGAACUCGGCGAUCGCGGCCUGCGAUCACGUCGGCGAGGCCAUGGAUCUCUUCCACCGGAUGGAUUGCGAGGGGAUCAAGCCCAACAGGGUGACAUUCGUGGCGGUGAUGGGCAGCGGCGCCGCGGAGGCGGAGCUACUCCAGCGGCUCCGCCAUGCCGUACAUGGGCCCGAUGUGGUCGUGGCCACGGGGCUCAUCCAGUUGUACGGCCUUCUGGGAAGAGCUGGCGAUGCCAGAGAGAUAUUCGAUGGCAUAGUUUCUUCAAAGAAAGACGUCGUGCUGUGGACGGCGAUGGUGGCGGCAUUCGCGCGAAACGGGCAAGGGAGGCCAGCGCUCGAGAUUUUCAGAGAAAUGGAUCUGGAAGGCGUGACGCCCAACAAGAUCACGAUGCUCGCGGCGCUGGAAGCGUGUUCUUGCCUGGGAUCUCUGGCAAUUGCCAAAGCCGUGCAUAGCACUCUCGAUCAUCAGAGCUUGGAUCUGCAAAACGGGAGCAUUGGAAUGUUUGGGCGAUGCGGGAGCGUGGAAGCGGCCAAGGAGAUCUUCGACGCGAUCGAGAGCCAGAGGAACUUGGUCUCCUACACAGCGUUGGUCGCAGCGUAUGCCCAGAACGGGCAUUUUGGCAAUGCCGAGGGGCUUUUCAGAUCGAUGCAGCUCCAAGGUCAUGCUCCAGACGAGGUGAGCUUUACGUGCCUCUUGUUUGCAUUUAGCCACGCGGGGCUUCUCCAGCAAGGCUGGGAACACUUGGUGAGCAUGAAGGCCGACUAUGGGAUUAGCCCAUCGCCGCAACACUAUGGUUCUUCAUUGAAAGAUUUGCGUGGACGGUGGAAAGCGGCAAGCGCUCGUGGGAGGGGGCAAGUGACCGCGUUUUCGUUUUGUGAGUGGCGCCGCGUCAAGCAGGGAAUCCCUCCCAGGGCUCCCGGAUCUGUGAGUAUCACCGGCAACGUGCUUGAUUGA